CCCUGACUCAGUCCUUCCUUUCUUGUGGACUGUGCAGCAGCUCACAGAAGAACUCCGCAGCAGAUGAUGUGUGUUUUUCCAAAGCUGUUCAAUGACAGAAGAGACGCACGAGAGAAGAGAUGGGCAAUGUUCCUGGACCUGCAGGGAAACGGCGUCAGUGCUGCGCGCUGCUCGGACUCGUAGUGGCGGCUGUGCUUCAGCUAUGCGCAGCGUUUAACUUGGACACGGACACGCGCCUGGUUUUCAGCGGACCGCCGGGAAGUUACUUCGGUUAUUCAGUGGAGUUCUUCGGUAACUCGUCCAGUGUCAGUGUUGUGAUCGGGGCUCCAAAAGCUAACACCAGCCAGCCUGACAUCACUGAAGGAGGCGCAGUGUUCUCAUGCUCCUGGAGCCAGACUAACUGCAGCAUCAUCAACAUUGACAAACAAGGUGAUCGAUAUUUUUAUGUUAAUGACGUGAACACUCAGGUUGAAUAUAAGUCCCAUCAGUGGCUUGGGGCUACCGUGCGUUCCCAUGGCAACAGCAUCGUGGCUUGUGCCCCCAGGUAUUACUGGAGGACAGAACAUGACACGCCCUUUGCUGAUGUUACGGGAACCUGCUACCUCUCUGUAGACAGCCUUAAAACGUUUGUGGAGUACGCCCCCUGUCGAACAGAGAGACAUGGACCUGCUGGACAGGGAUACUGUCAGGGAGGAUUCAGUGCUGACUUCACUAAGGACGGGAGGGUUGUGCUUGGAGGACCUGGCAGCUUCUACUGGCAAGGGCAGCUGAUCUCAGCCACCACAGAAGAGAUUGUGAAAGCCUACUACCCGUCUUAUUUCCUGCUGUCAGUCGCUGGGCAGAUUCAGACCCAGCAGGUGCAGGGCAGCUAUGACGACAGUUACCUUGGUUACUCUGUGGCUGGUGGUGAGUUCAGUGGGGACGAUGAAGAAGACUUCAUAACUGGAGUUCCAAAAGGACUCAUGCUGUAUGGUUUAGUUUCUAUAUUAAAUGGGAGGAAUCUGAAGUCUGUGCUCAACUUGACAGGGGAGCAGAUGGGCUCCUACUUUGGUUACGCAGUGGCAGCCACUGACAUCAACAACGACGGUCUGGAUGACCUGGUGGUGGGAGCUCCAUUGUUCAUGCUGCGUGGGUCCAGUGGGCGUCUGGAGGAGCUGGGAAAGGUGUACGUGUACCUGCAGAAGGGUCCGCUGCUUGUGGAGGAGGGCCACUCCCACCUCCUCGGUCGACAGGCCUUCAGCCGGUUUGGCACCUCACUGGCUCCGCUCGGCGAUCUCAACCAAGAUGGAUUCAAUGACUUGGCCAUCGGCUGUCCCUACGGAGGAGACGACCAGCAGGGAUUGGUUCUCAUCUAUAACGGUCAUACUAAUGGACUGAUGAACACGCCCACUCAGACACUCUCUGGCCAAUGGGCGUCUAGCUCUUUCCCAGCGAGCUUUGGCUUUGCUCUGCGGGGCAACAGGGAUGUGGAUGAAAAUGGCUACCCAGAUCUGAUUGUCGGGGCGUUUGGGCUGGAUAAAGCAGUGCUGUACAGGGCUCGGCCAAUCGUGAGUGCCAGCGUGUCCCUGACAGUGCAGCCCACCAUGUUCAAUCAAGAGGAGACUUGUCGGCUCAUCACGAUGACAGAAACCUUUGAUGUGUCUUGCAUCAGCAUCAGUUUCUGCCUGCUGGCUCAUGGAAAGCACCUCCCCUCUCGUCUAGGUUUUUUGUUGGAAGUUCAGUUGGACAGCAUGAAGCAAAAUCAGAAAGAAUCCACAAGGAGGACUCUGUUCCUGGACACUCAGCAGUCCGGUCUGGUGAAGACCUUCCAACUCACCAAUGGAGAACGACUGUGCCAUGACACCAUGAUCUAUUUACGGGGUGAAGAGGAAUUUCGAGAUAAACUUUCUCCCAUUUACAUCAGUCUGAAUUUCAGUCUGGAUCCUCAUGCCUCUGUGUCCCAGCAUCACCUCAGACCAAUCCUGAACUAUGGGACUCAACAGCUCAUAGAGCAGACGGCCCAGAUUCAACUGGAUUGUGGAGAGGACAACAUCUGUGUUCCUGACCUCAAACUGGCUGUUAUCAGUGACAGAGCAGAGGUGUACCUGGGCGAUGACAACUCCGUGAGUCUGAUCUUCAAUGCAAGGAAUGAAGGAGAAGGAGGGGCAUACGAGGCUGAGCUCUAUGUGCUCCUCCCUCCUGAGGUGGAUUACAGCGGGAUAGCACGCAACAACGCGAGUUUGACACAGCUGACGUGCAGCUAUGAAGCAGAAAACCAGACCCGUUAUCUUGUAUGUGAUUUGGGAAACCCCAUGAGGCCUGGCAGCAGUUUACUGGCCGGCCUUCGCUUCACUGUGCCCAGACUGACAGACUCUUACAACACAGUACAGUUUGAGCUCCAAAUAAGGAGUAAAAAUGCUAAUAAUUCUGAGAGUGAGGUGGUGCUGCACGAGCUGGAAGUGGCUGCCAUGGCUGACGUCAUCCUGCAGGGUGUUUCACGGCCAGACAAACUUGUCUUUCCUCCUCCAAACUGGACUGUUGAGCAGAUUCUGAGGGACGAGCAGGACGUCGGCCCUGAGCUUCAGCAGGUCUAUGAGCUGGUCAAUCAUGGUCCCAGUGUGGUGAGCCAGCUGACAUUAGAGGUGAGGUGUCCUCUGAGGGCUCACGGCCAUGAGCUGCUCUACCCUGUGGAGGUGCUGACCGAGGGGGCGCUCAGCUGCUCCCCAAAAACAACCAUCAAUGCACUGAAACUCAAGCUCCUGUCUCCACCAGCAGAAGAUCCCACGUCACUGAAAUCCAACACCAGGCGUCAGCACAUGCAGAGGAGGGAGGUGCACAGAGAUCCUCUGGCUGAACAACGAAACCUGAGCUGCUCUACAGUGGAGUGCUGGCAGCUGCAGUGCAGCACCGGGCUGAUGGAGAGAGGAGACAGUGUCAUUGUGACUGUUCGCUCCAGAAUCUGGGCUGAAACAUUCAUGGAGAGAGCCUACAAGCAAUAUGCUCUGGAAUGCUCAGUUCAGUACGAAGUGGUCAAGAUGCCUUACGCCAUUCCCCCCAAAUUCAAGGCACUGGGAUCAAAAAAGGUGGUGACAGCUGUGAUGUGGAACAGGACGGACGGUCUGUUCUUUGUUCCAAUAUGGAUCAUCGUUCUGGCUGUUGUCGCUGGACUGCUGUUACUGACCCUGCUCAUAUAUCUACUGUACAAGAUGGGCUUCUUUAAAAGGUCAGAUCCAUACAGCACGACCAUGGAGAAGGCCCAGCUCAAACCCCAGGCGUCAUUUGAGGCAUAGGAUCCAUGACAGAGUUUGCCUCCCUCCCUGAAUUGGGAUUAUUUUCCCUUCCCAAAUCCAGAGGGAAACUUAAUGAAGAGACAGUUAUGGGUGUUGUAUCACUGGAAUACAAAAUAUCUGGUGCUGCACUUAAUUUACAUGCACUGCUCUUUUUUGUGAUUUAUGAAGCUGUGGAUAAAGAAACAAGGACUUUAUCCUGAGGAGUUCAAUCAUGUUACAGGAAAAUUAACGCACCUCCACUGAAAGCAGCAACGCUGCGUCAUUUUCUUUCAUGGAAGCAAUGUUUGCAGUGUUCAAUCUCUGGAAAUUCCUGCUUUUCCGAAGCUAUAAACCACUUAUUUAUGUGUUGAAAGUGUUUCUGUUCUGCCUUGCGGGACAAUCUUGGUCAAACUGCGAUGUUUAACUUGAAGCAUUCUUCUCCCAUAUUGGGAGGCAUUUGUUGUGUGUGUUGUGAUGUAUGUAAUGUGUUCAUGUUGUUGUGGCCCAGAAUAAAGCCUCAUGUUUGUAUACUCA